AUGGCAGCCAGGAGGCUGCCCCGCCCUGCCGCUCAGCCUAUACUACCAACUAAACCUCUUCUCGCGCCCUGCACAAUCACACCACCACCAACAAAGGGCAUCCGCAACAGGGCGGCGGGGGAGGGAAGGCCAUUGGGCUUGCAAAACGCCCAGUUCGCCAACACCACCGCGAACGGGGCCGACACACCCCCCCGCCCGCCUCCGUUCAGGGAGGUAAACCCCCUCCAGGGGUCCCACGCCCUCGCCGACAGCGGCUUCGCUUGGUGCCUCCCGAGCCUCGCUUGCUCGGCCUCAGAGCCCUCUCAGAGGCGGCGGAGGGAGGAUGGAGGGCCCGACCAGGGCCUAUUGCCUGGCCUGGUACAUCAAACCAACCCCGCCGGGGACGGCUGGGGGGGGAGCCGACCACGCUCGGGAUACCGUCCCCGCUGGCCCCGCGAGGGAGCCACGCCCCCAACCAGAGCCUCGCUCCGACGGCCCCUCGGCGCCGCCGCCCGCCAGCACCAACGCCAGCGAACCCCCCUUCGGCCCCAUACACUUGUCGCCGCGGCCGUUCGACCCCACCACCAAACAGGCCGCCCUCUCGCCCGGCGUCAAGGGGGAACGCCCCCUCGCAGCCCCCGAAGACGCGAGGCUCCGGGAAACGCCCCUCGCUCGCGCUUCUCCCGCAAAUUCGGACACGGCCCAAGGGACCCAGACCGAGGGCGGAACGCCCCUCGCUCGCCGCUUCCCCGCCACGGACCACGGACCCAAGGGACCAGGCCCCUCGCUCCGCCACAAGGCGUCCUCUCCGACCCGCCAAAUCGCCCCUUUCCCCGCCGCGCCCGCCACACACCAGCCACAGCUGCGGGGCCCGCCAGACUGACCGAGGUCAGGGAAGCCACUCGCGUCGCCGCUUCUCCGCCCGGACACGGCCCCAAGGGACCUAGGCCCCUCGCCUCCAAAGGCGUUCCUCCUCCGACCGCCAACGCCCCUUUCGCCGCGCCCGACUCACAGCCACAGCUGCGGGGCCCCGCCGACAGACCCGAGGCUCCAGGGAACGCCCCUCGUCGCCGCUUCUCCGCCCACGGGACACGGACCGCCAAACGCCCCCUUUCGCGCGCCCUCACACACCGGCUCACACCAGCCACCAGCAGCGGGGGCCCGCCCACCCGACUGUCCCGAGGCUCCGGGAAGCCCUCGCUCGCAGCUUCUCCGGCCCACGGACACGGCCCAAGGGACCAGGCCUGCUCCGCUCCAAGGCGUCUCUCCGACAGACCAUCGCCCCUUUCGCCGUCGCCCGCACCACUCCAGCCACAGCAGCGGCCACAGCAGCGGGGCCCCGCCGACAGGACCGAGGCGCCGGGGGGGAACGCCCUUCGCUCGCCGCUUCUCCCGCCCACGGACACGGCCCCAAGGGACCCAGGGCCUCGCUCCGCACCAAGGCGUCAUAACCGACCGCCCAACGCCCCUUUCCGCGCGCGCCCGCCAACCACACCACACAACCAGCCACAGCCAGCGGGGCGUCCUCCUCCGACCGCCCAACGCCCCUUACGCCGCGCGCACACACCAGCCACAGCAGCGGGGCCCGCCCGACAGCAACCCGAGGCUCGGGACCCGCCCCUCGCUGCGCUUCUCCCGACCACGGACACGGCCCAGGGACCCAGGCCUCGCUUCCGCCACCUAGGCGUCUCCUCCGACCGCCAUCGCCCCCUUUCCGCCGCGCCCCGCACACCACCAGCACAGCCCGGCCCCGCCGCCGCCCCGCCACCACAAUGCUGCCCGGAACCAGCCUUGCCGGGAAGGGGAGGGAGCCGGCACCACCAGCACCCAGACCAGCGGCAGCGGGGCCCCCGCCCGAAAGACCCAGGGCUCCGGGGACUCUCCUCGCUCGCAGCUUCUCCGCCCACGGCCACGGCACAGCCACGGACCACAAAGGGUCCCAGCCUUGCCCGCGCUCCCGGAAGCCCGGGAGGGCCGGGGGAGCGGCUAGCCCGGGCUGCGGCCCGCAAACACGCAGGGGGCGGAAAGCUGCUCGGAGGCUGGGAACGUUGCUGCCACGGCCGGACAAGAGGCCAAGAGCGAGGGGGAAGGCGGGCGGCGGCCGGUCGGGCGGUUGCACCUGCUGCCUCCACAGACCACUGGCGGCCACAAGCCAGCUCGUUCCUUGCCGUCCAACCCCACCGCACCCCCGGGGAAGGCGGCGGCGGCCGGGUGCCCGGCGGUGCCCUCCUGCUGCAUCACAGACCAAACUGCGGCCACAGGCCAGCUCGAUCCCCUGCCGGCCAACCCACCGCCACGCCCGGGGGAAAAGGCGCGCGGCUGCACGCCCCUGCCGGCUUCCGCACAGACCAACUGCGGGCCACAGCCAGCUCGAACCCCUUGCGCCAAACCGGACCGUCACGGCCGGGGAAGGCGGCGGACCAGGCACGCACGAACGCGACCGCCCUGGGGCCGGCCCGCCUCGCCCCGCGCGUCUCGUCUCUAUCAAGCCGGUGGCCCGACCAGCCGCGCACCCAGUUAUAG